CCAUUUUGUUUCUCUUCGACAAAUAUGGAGGCCAUAAUACACAUUGCCUUUCUUCUGUCGGCUGUCUAUUUAACAAGUUCUAGGAAUGUAUCUCUGAGUAUUGCCUUCACCUCCGUUACCACUGACAACCUGACGAACUCCAUCAGAUUCUACACUGAGAUUCUAGGCGGGAUGCUGGAGCCAGAGUUCAUGUUCCGCUACUCUGGAAACCAGCAUUACAACAUGAUGUUCCAGAAGGAGAUCCUCCAGGCCCGACAGAGCAUGGUCGCCCCGGCGGUCCUCGGGGUCCCGGACAUCAGCGAUAAUGGGACAUACGAGGUUGUCGGGGCCUUCAUCUUCUUUGACAACGGAAUGAUACAGCUGCUGCAGUUUGUGGACAAAGAGUGUCCAGAGAAGGGUUUUGAUGUCACUGACCGACGUACUAGUCCCGCUGUUGUCCCCAACGGACACAUAGAUUUUUGGGUGAAGCCCACGUUGGACCUCAACAUGUACGUGCAUGCCUUGGAGACACGAUCCCGCCAGCUUGGGUUCAAUAAGGUGGAGGCAAACAGACCCGUCACAGUACACAGCGAGGCUGAAAGAGAACGGGUCGCCAUUAAAAACUACACUAUGCCUCUUAAUGCCACAAAUCAGACAAUGCAAUGGGUAUAUUUUAAAGGUCCAUCAGGUGAACAACUGGAAUUAAACAGGAUGGCUGGGGAUGUCUUGUUAGAUGCUGGUAAGGAGUAUUGCAAGAGAAAGGCCGUUAGCACAGCGUUCCUGGACAAACCGCAUCCUGACAAUGUGUGGAAGCGACGUGCUGGGUUUACGGGACAAAACUAUGGGCUCUUCCAGCAUGGCACGAGGACUAGAGGCCUGUUCGCUUCCGUUGAUUUCUAUACCGAAAUACUGGGAGGAUCCCUUGGGGAUAAUGGUGAUGCUGGUUUCUUCGGUGAUGGCAAGCAGAAUACGUUGUUCCAGAAGGAGAUGCUACAGGCAGAGAAAUGGCACGUUGACUAUCAGAGUCUGGGCAUUGCUAACCUCACAUUCUCAGGGAACAUGAGCCUUGCUCUGAGAUUUACUUACUUUGACAACUAUGUUGUCGAGACGCUGCAGUAUGACACGGGGAGGAACUACAGUUUCCCAUUGUUCAAUCCUACUUUCAACCUCAGCACGCCGGCUUUGAUCAACAACAUGCGACUUACCUUCCUUUUACCAGAAACAGUGGAUAUGAAUUCCUAUUUAAGAGAUAUGGAACAGAGGUCAGCUGUCGGAGGAUUUCCACAGGUGAAAGGAAACAGGGCCAUAGAUGUGACCUCUUUCGGUCAGCAGGUUCCCCUAGAGGACUACAGCGUAGCCUUCACUGAAGGACCGCUCCAGGGACUCAGGUACUCCUAUCUGAAAGGCCCUUCUGGAGAACAGGUGUCCUUUGUGCAGUUUACUGGCCCAUCUUCUGAGAAGCUGAAGAACGCCCUCUUGCGGUAUAAUGCUGUUAGUACUGCCUUCCCGGAAACCAAUCCCUGGAACAGAGGGGGAUAUGACGAAUAUUGUUCACAGUUUCCACCGACGCCACAUCAACACCUUUAAUUUAAUUGUAAUGUAUACCAAUGCCUUGAUAUGGUUUCGCGUUAAAUUUAAUCAGUUUUAAAUCUGAUGGUACAUACUUACCCAUCACGUGCUGUUUUAUAGCUGAAAUAAAGGCUGUGCUGGA